AUGCCGAAGCCUUUGUCUCAGGUGUCGCUGGAUGGUGUCAUUCUAGAGGUGCUUCUAGCUGUGGCAAUUGUCUCUCUCUGUGUGGGGGCGAUCUGCGUUCGAAGAGGCUGGGUUGGCCCCCCACGUCUUCAGCCAGGGGACCUGCGAGCCCUGACCACUUUCUCAGAAGCCUACCGCAUAGCAGACCUGAAGCUCGAUGCAGAUGUGCUGAGCCAUGAAGUGGAAACUUGGUGCCUCAUUGGCCAGCGCAUCUGUGCAACAUCCCCGAUCGUAAAUUGGUCGGAGAUGUUUUCCGGUGCUCCGAGAGGAUUCUUGGUGGACCUCGCCAAGGGAAUUGACACGGAGCUACUUGCCUUUCAACACAGAGUAUGGUUGAGCAAAGGCGAUUUCACUGCACAUUUACCAACAGUCCUGGUUGCUCAAGAGUGGCGGCGAUGGGCUAUGGAGGAUCUCCAGAAUGCUGUCACUCCUGACGAAGAGCACAGGGAAGCUGGGCAUAGCUGGAUCAGCUCGCCGGCUAGCCGGCAUUUGAUUGAUGAUGCCUUCGCAGACUACCUUACGCCUUACGCACUUUCACUCAGCAUCAAGUGGAUCGAUGAUAUCCGCGAUCUCUCUCUACUGGGCAACGCGCAGUUACGCGAGACUCAGUGUUGGGAUGACACCGACAGUCUCUCUCUGCUGAUCACGUUCAGAGAACGCAUCCUGCCGGAAUUGAGAAAGUACUACAGCAACUGGUCAGUGUUCGAGAUGAUGCAGUCAUUUUCGGCAGGGGCUGGCGAUGUUGUAGCCUACUUUACGCAGACGCUGCGGAACACCAUGAGAUUUCUGGAGAAAAUAUUCUGCACUUACGAGCUGCGGCUGAAUAAUUUGUAG